GUAGUCGUUUCGAUUUUCACAGAUUGAGCGUUGCGAAGACUGAACAGCAAUGUGUCUGGUCGCGACCCGACGUGCCUUCCCACAGUACGAUAGUCGCCAAGCCACUGCUGCCAUGAACGGCUUGCAAGGUCUGCAGCUGAACGGGAGACCAAUCUCUAUUCACUACUGCCUACCCAAGGAGGCUGAGCGAGUGGCCGCUUGCGACCGAGACAAGAACCAAGGAACUUUGCUGCUGCUCCUUCAGAAUCCUCAACAGUCGAUUCAAGAUGCCGCUGUUGCAGCCACUUUUGGAGAGUUCGGUGACAUCAAACGUCUCCUCCGCAUCCACAAGCUUCCAGAUGGGCGUCCGCCAGAUGCAUUCCUGCAGGCCAAUGCGAGAUACUUGGAAUUUUUCGACAGCCGUGCCGCACAACUUGCCUAUGAUCGCAUGCAAAAUCAACUCUGGCAAGGCGGGCAAUGGGACUUGUCAUUCGUAUGGGACUGGCAUCUGCCGCAAGACGAUGCACCGAGCCUUCCGCCGCCUAGUCAAGGACCUCUGGCGCCAGCCGGCUACAAUAACCAGUACGGACAGAGCGCACCCUCUCAAGCCAACCGAUCUGCAGGAAGCGGGGUGUCCCCAGGCGGUCCUCAAAGUCACGGACCUCCCGCAAGUGGUGGCCUCUCAGCAAAUCAGGUCGAGACGCCAAUGAGAAGGUGGGGCGCAGGCGGCAACGCCGGCUCGUCGAAUGACGCUGGACCGGCGCAGGCCCCACAUCCAGGUCCCGGUAGCUAUGCUGCUCCAAGCGCCUCGGGAGGUCAAGGAGGCUGGGCGGCUAGACCUCCAGCACCUAACAACCAGUCCUACGCGGCGACUGGAAACGCCUCACCUUAUGGCACAGCUCCGCCCAGCGGACAGAGCAAUGAUCCAGGCCGCUUGGACCAAGCUCAAAAAGUUCAACAGCUACUUGCGUCGCUCAAAGGUGCAGGAAAUUCGACUCCACCGCAGCAUAGCCACUCCCCGCAGCCCGGUGCAGGUCAAGCUCAACAAGCGCCCAGCGCCACCGCUGCCAAGCCAGCAGCUUCCCCCGCACCCACGCCUGGCCUCCCAGCUGGCCUGGCUGCUCUUCUCAAGCAGGCCGGUGGAGGCUUGCAGCAAAACCCGCCCGCUCAGCCUGCUCAGCCUGCCCAAGGGCAAACAAACAGCGCACAAUCGAUGCAACAACUGCUCGCCAUGUUGAAGCCGGCAGGCGGCCAAAGAUGAUGUUUGCAGCGGCAAGAGGCACAAUAGACCUUUUUGACGCCCGCAUCGCAGGUUCUCCAAUUUCUGGACGCACUUGACACAGCGCACUGCCACUUUGUGCGCCGCCCAUCUUCACGUAGGCAUCGAC